AUGCCAUCCUUAAAGGAUUCAUUGAAAGUCCGGAACAAUACCACCUACAAACAAUUGCCUAUCAACUCAGUCCGUGUGGGGCGCCCGAGACUAGGCAGGUAUAACAGACUUCUUGGUCGAUUUUACGAGCCUUUGUUUCUUUUGCGUGUAUUAGGACAGACCCGUGGGCGGCAUACAAUCGGCCCACUGGAUCAUAGUUUGGAGCAAGCACGGCGACGUAAAUUCCUACGUAACCUCGCCUAUGUUUGUGACUUUACCAAAGGGGGUAGUUCCUGCACUGCCAUUGGGCUUGAAGACAGCGAAACAUGUUACAACUUCUGGAUUGCAUCCAACGCAUCUGGUGACAAAAUCGUCGAAUUCGCGAAGAAUGCUCUCGGCCACCUGAAGCCAGCUACAUCAAUCACUGGGGACUUCGAUGAAGGACAAACUAAGGCAGACUUUAUCAGUUUCUGUCUUAACUUCGCGACUAGCCGAGUAAAAAAGGAGCGUCAGUGCUUGUUUCAAGCGAUCAAACAGUGUUAUUGCAUACCGGGAUCUGUGAGAACGGAACAAGAUCAGGUGAUAAAAGACUGGCUUGAUCUCAUUCUCGAACAAGAUGAUUGUCUGGCACUCUGUCAUUAUGCCUAUGUCCAAAUAAAGUCCGUAUCCGCCAGGUUAAUCGGACUAAAAGCUCAAGACGAAGAAAGGUUAAUGGGUCCUGGAGACAAACGGUCGCCUUUUGCGUUAGUUAUCCAUUAUCUAGGGCGACUGGCAGAUCACAUCCGGGCACCGUCGCAGCUGGUUGAGGAUGCCUGCCAUUUGUCUCACAUCCUUGACUCGCAUCAGGUGGUGGCUAUACCUUAUGUGCCUUCCGUGCCUCGGCCAGUGCCCGACAAUCUCACCACGCUUGACGGUGUCCUCAAUAGGAUGUUGAAGAAAGAUGACCCGGAAAAGCUUCAGAUAAAGAAUCUUUUGCUUUCCAUGAAUUCUCGGUCUCAAUCUCGCACCUUUCAGGAUUUCCUGGUACAGUAUGACAAGUGCACGGCGCAGGUGCAUGCAGAAGUGCAGGCUCUAGACCAUUUCUUCAGGCAAAAUCUAUCUUUCGUGGGGAAUGACCGUUACAUUGCUUGUAGCAAGCCGGCCUGUCUAUGUUGUGAGCUAUACUUCAGGCACCAUCCGGCUCGAAUGGUCGUCCCUGAAUCUCACCGCAAAGUCUGGGUUAAUUGGAGUCCACAAUUAGUCAAAAGACCCACGAUGGGGGAUCCAGAAUACGAUUUGCAGGUAAAGGUCCUCAAUGAGAUGACAAGUGAGCUUCGGCGGGCUGUGAUUGCUCAAAUCUUUGAUCAGUCGUCACCUCACCAAACAGCAAUUUCAAAUGACCGGUGGUCUCACAUAGAUUUGGAGGAGCUUCGGGGAAAUACGUUCCGAUAUUCAUCUGCUGAUGGCUGUUUGGACAAGGAGGCAGCUAAACGUAGCACGGCGAAGGUCCUUGAGACAAAUAAGCUCAGGACAUACGUGUCGGAUGAAGACUCGGAUGCAGACUGUGGUGGGGUAUCUCUCAAGAUCUAA